AUGGAGGAGGAGGUAGUGCUUGAGGCCUCCAAGCGUCAUGUUCUGGUGCUGGGAGCCGGCAUGGCCGGCCUGGCGGCGGUGCGGGAGCUCCGGCGGAGCUUCUACGUGACGGUGGUGGAUGCGAAGGAGUACUUCGAGUUUACUCCUGGUAUCCUUCGGGCCUAUGUGAAGCCAGACCAUUGGGAGACCCUGGUCUUUCCUUACCAGGAGGUCCUCGAGAGCCGUUUGAAAGUCAGCUUCGUCUGGGGCGAAGUGGUUGCUCUCAACUACCACUGCGCAAAAGUGCAGAUGGUGCAGGGUGAGGAACCUGAGGAGGAGAUCCCCUUCCACUUCUGUAUCAUCACCACUGGUUGCAACUUUGACCAGUUGUCUGAGUAUGGUGUCUCGCCCUGGUUUCCGGUGAUUCACGAGUGUGCUCGGGCGCAGAGGUCGGCCAUGGAUGAACGCUAUUUGGAGUUCCGGCGGCGCCGCAUCCUGCAGGAGCACCAGCAGCUGAUUGAACUCAACAACAAGCGAGCGCACAUCUUGGUGGUAGGUGCUGGCUACCAGGGGGUCCAGUGGGCGUGUGAGCUGCGAUACUUCUUUCCCUCUUUGACUGUCUUCUUAACUGACUUCAUGCCGCGGUGUUUGGGCCCCUUACCUGAAGAGGCCGCGCAAUACUGCGAGGAGUACAUGCGGAGCCACGGCAUCCUCACAAAGUACAACAUCAAGUAUGACCGAAACAGCGACGGCUUUUGGCAAAGGAUCGGUCUUCCCCAUGGAGCCGCCAAGACUUAUGUGCUCUCUGGCGCCAAACAUUCCAACUACUUUGUGGAUGAGGCCGCCCAAAGCCAACGAGGGCCUGGCGGUGGUGGAUGGAUCUUGGUGAAUAAGUUUAUGCAGGUGGUGACCUCCUCCGGCGAGCGCUUGGGGGAGGGCGCCAUCUUUGCUGCAGGGGAUUGUGUCAGUAGCAGCAACGAGGCUCCGAAAUGGGAGCUGCCGCCCUUGCCAAAGACUGGCUUCCCGGCAGAACAGCAGGCGAUGUUGGCGUGCCGGAACAUCAAGGCGCCGGUGUUGCCGACCCAUCGCAUGUGUCGAGCUCCUGUUGGAGACUUCCCAAAGAGGUAUUUGGAGGGUCAUGACGCCUUAGUGGCUUCCCUGGGCCGCUGGGAUCUUUGCCAUCUCCCUGGGCUUCUCGUCGGGACAGAGGGUUUUGAGGGGAGCGUGAGCGCCACGGGCAAGGACCUUCAUGUUGACACCUUUCCUGGCUCGCCAGUCGUCAGCAUAGCCCCCAUGUUCGAGUAG